GAAACAUCCGCCAUUUUUAACAGGUGUCUGUAAACAAAAUAAAAUGUGAGGCCUAAAAGUGGCAUUAUCAUGGGUUUUAGGGUGACAUUCAUCCUUUUAAUGAGCGGACUGUUUGGAGGAACAAUAUCUCAAUCGGACGAUGUGUUUAGAUCUUACGCCCAUGCUGGUGAAGUGAGAGGUUUCACCCAAACGGUAUUUAGGAAAAAUAUUAAAGGAUACUCCACAGAUUGUAAAGAGGACCCAUGGGACAACAUUGAUUCUGGAAAUGUUGACAAUAUAUGUUACGAUCGGUAUAAAGUGAACACAUUCCUAGGAAUUCCUUAUGCUGAAUAUCCGACUGGAGAUCGCCGAUUCCGUGCACCUGUUUACCCACCUUCAUGGCAGAGAUCCAUAGAUGGGAGGAGAUACAAAGAUGCUUGCCCCCAGCAGCUGUGGAAGAUGGACUACCUCACUAAUGUGAAUGCAACAGAAAACUGCCUGAAUCUUAACAUAUUUAUGCCUAAUGAGACAGAUGGCAGGCCAGAGUACCAGAGGAAAUACCCAGUGUUUGUUUGGAUACAUGGAUAUAAUUACCAAUAUGGGGCAGCACAUCAGUGGCCUGGUCACAUGUUGGCAACAGAGAAAAUAGUUGUGGUUACUUUCAACUAUAGGAUGAAUGCUCUAGGCUUCCUGUCCACCCAGGACAGACAUGGCUGGGGUAACUAUGGCAUGAGAGACCAGGUUACAGCAUUAAAAUGGGUGAAAGAUAACAUCCGAUAUUUUAAUGGGGAUGACCGGUGGAUCACUGUGGGUGGUACAGACUCAGGGGCAGCUGCUGUAGGUUUUCACCUUCUUUCACCAUUGACCAAUGGUCUCUUCAGGCAAGCCAUCCUGAUGUCUGGAUCAGAUCUUAGUGAGUGGGCAUAUGUAGAUAAUACUAUGAGACCCAAGGAGUAUGGCAAAGAAAUAGCAAGGCAACUCUUAUGCCCUGUGGAUGACAGUGAGGCAAUGAUGGAAUGUUUGAGACUAUAUAGGUCUCCAGAAGAAAUAGUUAAUGCAUCUGCAAAUAUUUGGCCAAGGGAAAACAAAGAUUUCUGGGAGCCCUACUCCACCGUUGCGGGGCCAUUUGCGCCAGUCGUAGAUCAAACAUCCAAUAAUGAAAAUCCAGAAAGUUUCUUACCUCAAACUCCUCGUGCCAUGAGAAAUUCUGGCUUGUUUAAAGUAGUUCCCGUCCUUGCAGGAUUGAAUAAGGAUGAUGGUGCCUUUUUAUUAUGGAAUCAAACUAAACAUAUGAGAGGUGUUGACUUCAAUCAGGGAAUGGACUACCAAACAUUCCGUGAUAUCAUAGCUCAAUUCACAUUUGAUAGACGCAUCAGAGACAGAGACAGUGUAAAUAGUGCCAUAGAGUUUGAAUAUGCUUAUCAUCCCAACAUCCAUAAUAAGUCUGCCACCUUACAAGCUGCAAAGGAUAUGUUUGGUGACUGGUUAUACGGUUCAGGGGUAGAUGAGGUCCUAAAGCAGCAUGCUCAGGCCAAUGAUGAAGUCAAGUGUUACAUGUAUGCAUUCCACUUCAGGGGACCUUAUGAUCGUAAACCAAAGUGGUGGGGAGCUCCCCAUGGCAGAGACGCAGAGUCUCUCUUUGGAUUCUCUCACAUGAAUGAGACAGUGCAGUUCUUCUGGGAUUGGACAGAACUUGAACUCCAGCAGAACUACACAGAUCAUGAUCGCAAUAUCAGUGACUUUAUGAUGAAGCUUUUUGGCAACUUUAUUAGAUCCGGAGAGCCAACUCGAGAGUAUGAAUACUUUAGAAAUGUAACCUGGUUGCCAUUCCGUCCCCAGAUGUCCAACCUCAGCUAUCUUCUGGUUGAUGAGAGGAGCAACCAGUCAGUCAAUUACAAACAAAGUCAUUUUGCCUUCUGGAGGGACUACUGGCCUCGGCUGAUUCAACGAUACCCCACUACCACCACACCUAUCCCCACACCUGUGAUGUUGAUUGAGUUCCAGGCUGCCACGUUUGGUCUGGUCGGCCUUGCUUUACUAUUCAUACUUAUUAUUGUGACCCUUUCUGUCACUUGGUGGAAAUGGAAACAACUUUACAAUAAAGAAUAUCGCUAUGUAACUAAGAGAAGUGAAUCAGAGAUAUGAUCUCAUCAUUUGAAAGGCUGAAUUAAUUACCUGAGAAUAAUAUUUGAAGUGUAUUGAUUGGAAUUCAGUUACCCAUCAGUUAAGGAGCUAGAAAGGAUAGAGAUGAGUUGUAAGAAAUACCAUAAGGAAACCAUUGGCUGGAGUUUUGAAAAGAUUGGUUGCAACAUUUUACGCUUUCUAUACCUUCUCAUUAAUUAAAUGCGUGUGUAGCUCUAAACAUAGUCUGAAACAGAAAUUAGACUACAUAGUCUGAAACAGAAAUUA